UUUCAGAUAGGAUUAUGAUGAUCCAAUUAUUAAAACGUUUUCCAAUGUAGCUCAGAAUAACGUUCUGAUCAUCUUGACAGAUGGGAGAAACGAGAAAGCAUGUGAGCCGUGGAGAAAGGCUUCUUAAGCGGAUUGGAAUUUGUUCUCAGCCUUCCGUCACAAAAUCAGAUCAUAACAAAGAGAACGGCGACGUUAAUUCGAAAUCGCUGGCUAAGUCAGAGCCACUCACUGAAUCAGAACCGUCCAGCUCCGAUCAGUCACGUAUAUCUGCAUGUAUUUCUGCACGGAGGUCUUCAGCACGACUCAAAGAGUAUAUACUCGCAUCAGAGAACAAGGUCGUUAAGUCAGAACCACCUGCUAAGUCAGAACCACCUGCUAAGUCAGAACCAUCUGCUAAAUCAAAACCAUCAAGCUCUGAUCAAUCAGAUAAAACCGCACAAAAAUCUUUACGUCGUAGACAAAAACUACUUGCUUCACUUGGAGCAGGGCCUAACUCUAACUCUACCAACUGUAAAGCAAUUAGCACCUGCAAUGCUACUUCAGAUAGAUUAGAUAAGAGGACAGUUGACUCAAAUAAGUCUGUCAAAACAAAUGAAUCAAAAUUAAAGGUGGUUCACCCAAAGAAAGUUCGGAGACCUAAAUCAAAUAAAUCUGUCAAACCGAAACAGUUAAAACCCAAGCCUGAACCAUACACUAAACCCAAAGCAUCCAGACCACGAAAUCAGAUAAAAGCUAAGAACCCCCAGCUGUGUGAAAAGAGUGUAUUAAAGUUGACACCUUUAAAAUCUUUAAAGGCUGCCUCGUCACUAGGGUUCAUUGUUGAGAUGAGUCCCAUGAGUUUUGGAACUCCUGCUGCAAAAAAGAAACGCCUAAGAAAAAGGGACCCGAUGGAACUGAGUCCAACAUGCCGAAGUAAGAUCUAUACGUCUGCAUGGUCGAGGAAAAAUACGGUUGAACCUGCCCCCAUGCCUUCAACUUCAGCCGAUGCUUUUGCUGAUAAAGAAGAUAAACUAGAAAUUAAGAACCUGAAAGAUAUUCUGCUCCAUAAUAAUGAUCAAUCUACCUCCGAGGAAGAGGACGAAUAUUUUGGGCUAUGAAUUUUUAAAAUGUUUUACAGCUUUUUUCAUGUAUUUGCUUACUUUGUUGAUUUUAGAUAUUUAUGAGAAGCCUUUACGUACA